GUCACAGCCAAGCUCAUGAUGCGACGUGCCGCUGCCGCCUGCCCGCCACCGGGUCAUACGUGGCCGCCUCUUGGAGCUUGCUGACUCUCCCGCCUGUCUUUCUUACUCUCUCACUCUCACAGUUACAGCUAGCAAUCACAACCAUGUCCUUCGCAGGCCUCAAUACCGGCAACAACCUCAGCCUCUACGCCGUCCCCGCGGCCUUCGGCCUCGCGCUCGCGCCGCACGUCUACGCUCUCGCCCUCGUCACUCUCAACAAGCCUCCUGGCGCCAAGGGCUUUGACUUCAGCUUCCCCCCUAACACUCGCAAGGGCAUUUCCGAGUCUCGCCUCUCGCCCACCGACCAGGAGCGCUACCUCCGCGCCGAGGCCGCAAACGACAACAACUUCGUCGGGCUCGGCUUCUUCGCCGCCGCCGUGGCCGUCGGUAACGUCGCUCGCCUCCCUACCGCCGUGCUCAACCGCGCCGCAAGUGUCUACCUCACCUCGCGCCUCGCGUACAACCUCCUCUACAUUCUCGGGACGAACAACGCCGCUGGUCUCGCCCGUACCGUAGCUUGGUUCACCGGUAGCCUUAGCUGCAUCAGCCUCUUCUGGGAGGCUGGGCACAAGCUCGCCCCGCUCUAGCCGUUGCCGUUCCCGUCGCCGUCGGAAGGAGUAACCGUAGGAAGCAAUUACAAUGAUACAUGUCGGAAGUACAGUUGUGGGCUUGAGGCGUGCGGGUCGGGCUGUGUCGAGCUUGAUUAUCUUC